AUGGAAUCUCAAAAUUCAUUGACCAAAUCAGUAAUGGAUGGAUUUGAAAACAUAUUACUGACUUAAACUUAAUUCACAACACAAAGGAGGAAAGUCUUUUUGGAAGAUAAUCUCAAAUAUGGAAAAGAGAUUGAGAGAGAUUACAAUAAAUUGUAAGACAUAAUUGAUAAUUUGCAAGGCAAAGUUGAUAAAAUUAUUAAAUCUUAAGAAGAUGAUUUUAUGAUUGCAUACAAAGAACAAAUGGCUGAAAUAUAAAAAGAGUUAAAGGCAAUGAAGAAAAAGAUAGAUGAAGAGACACUUCGAUAAAAUUCAGAUGAAAAAAAAAGAAUAUUAGAAGAAGAGAGAGAUUAUUUUAGAGAAGAAGCCUUGAGAUUGGAUAAAUUAUGUUAAGAACAAAUAAGAACUAUAGAAGAACUAAAAUUUAAAUUAAAAAUAACUUAAGAAGAAAAAUAGUAUUAUGAAUGUUUUGUUAUUGAUUCUAAAAAAGAAAAUAAAGCCUUGAAAUAGGAGCUACUCUAAUUAUAUAAAUAGAAAAGUGAAGAAUAAAGAAUUGGCUAAAGAGUGAGUUCCGUUGGAGAUAUUAAUCAAAGGACAGUUAUAAAAAAAAAUAUAGAUUAUAGAUCAUUUACAUAAGAAGGACCACAAUUUACAGCGAUUAAAGACGAACAGGGAGAUGCAUCUAAACGAGAAUUUUCAUCAAAUAAAUCAGGAUAAAAAACCCAAUUAUCAAGCAAAAUAUAAGAUUAUGGGUCAGCUUAACAUGAAAUUUUUAAAAGAGAAAUGUCAUCCUAAUAACGAAGUAGAUAAAAUUAGGAUAUUCAACAAAUUUAAGAUACCACAAAAUAGGAACAGAUCUAAGAACUUAGAUCAUAAUUAUAAAAAGAAAAAUAAAUAAAUCAAUUAUUAAAAGCUGAGCUGUCUAAAUACAAUUGCUAAAAAGGAGAAUUAGAAUAAAUACUGAUAGAUUGUGUAAAUGAAAUGAAAAAAGAAGUGUUAAAUCGAUAGAAUUAAUAAAGAUAGUUCUUUUAACAUAGGCCUACUUCCUACUCAUAACCUAAUAUAGAGGGGGAAAAGCAAUAUUCUCAAUUUACUCAUACUGACAAGAUACAACUCUUAAAGAGAUUCAUUUCGAGUGAUGAAUUUUUAAAUCAGUUAUAUUAGAUUACAUUUAAUAAUUAGAUGCAGUUGUCUACUUAAUUAAAAUUAAACGAGAAAUGGAAAAUUGAUGCAGAUGAAGCGGCCAAAAAGUUUUAAAAUUUCAAAUAAUUUAAGUAUAGAUAUAAAACAAGCCAACCAAUUUUAAAAACUUCUUUAAUAAAAAGACAAGACAAAGAAGUUGUUUAAACCUCAUCUAAUUACAAUGAUAAAACAAGGGAACUUAUAGAUUAAAUCAUUAAAGUUGAUUAAUCUUGA